AUGUUUCUUCCCACUCGAUCUCUCGGCCGCAACGGUCCUCAAGUUCCAGCAGUUGGCCUGGGACUUAUGAGUCUCGGCAAUGUCUACGGAUCCGCCGGUACACUCGAAGACAAGGUCGCAUUCCUUGAACAUGCCCAUGCAAUCGGUGCCAGAUUCUGGGAUACCGCCGAUAUCUACUUCGACAGCGAGGAUGUCGUUGGCGCGUGGAUCAGAAAGUCAGGCAAUCGCGACGAUAUCUUCCUAGCGACCAAGUUCGCUCUGCAUUAUAGCGCAAUGGAGCAGUCGGUCCGUUCGGAUCCGGAGUAUGUCAAGGCUACUUGCGAGAAGAGUCUGAAGAGACUUGGUGUUGAGACCAUUGAUCUUUAUUACUGUCAUCGGGUUGAUGGCGUCACGCCUAUUGAGAAGACUAUUGAGGCUAUGAUUGAGUUGAAAGACCAAGGCAAGAUCAAAUAUCUCGGACUAUCUGAAUGCUCUGCAUCGACUAUCCGCCGUGCCCAUGCUAUCCACCCCAUCGCUGCAUACCAGGUUGAAUACAGCCCCUUUGCAUUGGAUAUUGAGUCAUCAACCACUGAUAUUUUGAGCACCUGUCGCGAACUUGGUAUCGCUGUCAUCGCCUAUAGCCCUGUCGGUCGCGGCAUCCUGACUGGGCAGAUCCAAUCACUUUCUGAUAUCCCCGAGGAUGACUUCCGUCGCAUGUUCCCCAAGUACGGCGAGGAGAAUUUCCCAAAGAUUUUAGAACUAGUCCAGGGACUCAAGGCUAUUGCGAGUAGCCAUGGAAGUACUCCUGCUCAGGUGGCUAUUGCAUGGCUUCUUGCCCAAGGCUCUGAUAUCAUUCCGAUUCCUGGUACCAAGUCGAUUACGAAUCUUGAAGAGAAUACCCGGGCUGUUUCUCUCAACUUGACUGAGAAGGAGUUGCAAGAGAUUCGAGAGUUGAUUGAUCGGACUGAAAUUCCUGGAACGCGCUAUCCUGCUACGAUGAUGGACUGUAUUUUCGGAGACACACCGGCACUGUAA